UGUCAGGGAAAUUGCUUCUAACGUGGCAUUUGCUCAUUUAUGCUCCCAGUGCUUUUGCUUUGCCUUUUCAGCCUAAUUUUGCAAAGAUGUCCAACUCCUCAUAGUCCCAAGCAGGAUAAGAAGUGCCCUGGUUAUGCUGCACAGUUGGACCCAAGUGUCUCUGGUGAGGAGAAGGAAGAACACCAGUUUGGGAGGAACAGCAAAGAGAGUUAAGGACAAAAACUGAUGGACCAUUACAUCUUCCAAAAUGAGCCUUUUCACACUUUCCUACUGGAAAAUUGCAUGUCCUGAAGAGAGAAGAAUUCAGUGCUGGACUGUCCUUAACACUACCCAUGGUGCAGCUUCCGAAGACAGCUUGAUUUCUGUGACUUGAAGAGGAGGCACAUGUGCAGUGAGCCAAGAGGACAUGGGCUUCCAGUGCAUCUGGAAAAAUGAUCAGGUACUGGGCCCACGCAUCACAUGUGAGUUGUGUCCUACAGAUGCUCUGAGCACCCCCUCGGGCCGUCUCCUUGAUGCACACUCACGGCAUCAUGGCCAGCACUCAGGAGCGCCUGAGCCUGUCUUCCCCUCCCAGCUCCAUGGGCAAAGCGUUCUGUGAGGACAAAGACCCGGGCGGGUUCCCCGAGGAGCUCCCCGCUGCCGGCAGCCAGCCGUCCCCGGAGCUGCUGGAGGACGUGCGGGAGCGGGGCGCGCUGCCGGCCGAGCUGCUGGACGGCGGCAGCAGCCCGGGCACGGCGGCCGUGCUGACCAGCAUCAGCGAGGACGCCCGCGACCACUUCGAGAACAGCGUGCUGCAGCUGCGCGAGCAGGACGAGCCCGAGCCGGGGCUGCCGCAGGGGAACCGCAGCCCCGGGCCCGGCAGCGGCGGCUUCCUCGAGGGGCUCUUCGGGUGCCUGCGGCCCGUGUGGAACAUCAUCGGCAAGGCCUACUCCACCGACUACAAACUGCAGCAGCAAGACACGUGGGAGGUGCCGUUCGAGGAGAUCUCGGAGCUGCAGUGGCUGGGCAGCGGGGCACAGGGAGCUGUGUUCCUGGGCAAGUUCCGGGCCGAGGAGGUGGCCAUCAAGAAAGUGAGGGACCAGAACGAGACGGACAUCAAGCACCUGCGGAAGCUCAAGCAUCCCAACAUUAUCGCCUUCAAGGGAGUUUGCACCCAGGCCCCGUGCUACUGCAUCAUCAUGGAAUACUGUGCCCACGGGCAGCUCUAUGAGGUGCUGCGGGCCGGCAGGAAGGUCACCCCACGGCUGCUGGUGGACUGGUCCACAGGGAUAGCCAGUGGCAUGAACUACCUGCACCUCCACAAAAUCAUCCACCGAGACCUCAAGUCACCAAAUGUUUUGGUUACACACACAGAUGCAGUGAAGAUUUCAGAUUUUGGUACAUCUAAAGAGCUCAGUGAUAAAAGUACCAAAAUGUCCUUUGCGGGGACAGUGGCGUGGAUGGCCCCGGAGGUGAUACGGAACGAGCCUGUCUCUGAGAAGGUGGACAUCUGGUCAUUUGGGGUGGUUUUGUGGGAGCUGCUCACAGGAGAGAUUCCCUACAAGGAUGUGGACUCCUCAGCCAUCAUUUGGGGAGUGGGCAGUAACAGCCUCCACCUUCCCGUCCCUUCCACCUGCCCAGAUGGCUUCAAAAUCCUCAUGAAGCAAACCUGGCAGAGCAAGCCCCGGAACCGUCCGUCCUUCCGGCAGACACUGAUGCACCUGGACAUCGCCUCUGCUGAUGUGCUGGCUACUCCUCAGGAAACCUACUUCAAAUCCCAGGCUGAGUGGAGAGAAGAAGUGAAGAAACAUUUUGAGAAAAUUAAGAGUGAAGGAACUUGUAUCCACCGGCUGGAUGAAGAAUUGAUUCGCCGUCGGAGAGAAGAGCUGAGACAUGCGUUAGAUAUCCGUGAGCACUAUGAGAGGAAGCUGGAGCGAGCCAACAACCUGUACAUGGAGCUCAGUGCUAUCAUGCUGCAGCUGGAGGUGCGGGAGAAGGAGCUCAUCAAGAGGGAACAAGCAGUGGAAAAGAAAUACCCUGGGACUUACAAACGCCACCCAGUCAGACCAAUAAUCCACCCCAAUACAGUGGAGAAGCUGAUGAAGAGGAAAGGGGUCUCCCAUAAACCAGGCAGCCAGACCAAACGGCCGGAUCUACUGAAGUCAGAGGGCAUUCCCAGCACAGAGGCAGCAUCCAAUGGCUCCCCAGUCUCAGGAAGUCCCAAGAUGUCAACCCUGAGUGGCAAAAGCCGGUACCGCAGCAAGCCCCGGCACCGCCGGGGGAACAGCAAAGGCAGCUACAAUGAAUUUGCAGGGAUCUUGAAAAACCAGCCGGCGCAGGACGACGCCCCCCAGCCCGGGCCUCCUCAGGCUCCCCUGGCGCCCGGCGCGCCGCAGGCGGGGCAGCACUCGCGGCUGUCCCACGGGCAGGACAUCGCCACCUGUGCCAACAACCUGCGCUACUUCGGGCCCGCGGCCGCGCUGCGCAGCCCCCUGAGCCAGCACGCCCAGCGCCGCGUGUCCGGCUCCAGCCCCGACCUCAUCUCCACCGCCGUGGAGGCCGACUGCCGCCGCGGCCGGGACGGCAGGGACAGCCCGGCCGAGCGCUGGCAGUGCUGCCCGGCCGAUCCCUACGAGCCCUGCCUGCAGUGCAGGGACGAGGACAGUGGGCAGGCGCACGUGGCGCAGCCUGCUGAGCCGGGGGGGAGCCGCCCCCAGUCCCCCGCCUCCCUCUACGACAGCGCGCACUUCAUGGAGAGGCUGGAGGAGCAGGGCACGGCCGCCUCCGCCCUGGGCACUCCCCAGCACCUGGCUUCCUCAGGGCUGCCCUGCAAAGCCAGAUCCCUCCAAAAGAGCGGGGAUGAGUCGUCAGAAGAGGAGGAAGGCGAAGUUGACAGUGAAGUGGAGUUUCCUCGUAGACAAAGACCCCACCGCUGCAUCAGUAGCUGCCAGUCCUACUCGACCUUCAGCUCCGAGAACUUCUCUGUGUCGGAUGGAGAGGAGGGGAACACAAGCGACCACUCGAACAGCCCAGAUGAGCUGGCCACCAAGCUGGAGGAUGAGCUGGCUGAGAAGCUGGAGGACAUGUUGUCCCAGACUCCAGAGAUCCCCAUUGAAAUCUCCACGCAGUCGGAUGGGCUUUCGGACAAAGAGUGUGCUGUGCGGAGGGUCAAGACUCAGAUGUCUCUGGGCAAACUUUGUGCAGAUGAACACAGCUGUGAGAACCCACCACAGUUUGGAGAAUCAGACUGUGACUCUUCUGAAGGGGAGUGUUCUGAUGCCACGGUCAGGACCAAUAAGCCCUGCAGCUCUGCUACUUGGUAAUACAGAUCUCCCCCAAAGCUUCCUGGUACUGGCAUUUUGAUUUCCCUGAGAUUCCACUUCAUUCCCCUUCAUCACACUUUACAGGAAGAGAAGAUGCUUCUCCUUCCCACCCCAGGAGUGAUUUGCAAUAACCCGAAUCUCUGGAAAAUGUCCAAAUGAAAUUAAUUCUCUUUGAGCAUUUCAAUCAAGAAUGGCAGGGAUGUAUUUUAUUGAAUAAUCUAGUUACUGUAACAUGGAUAUUUAUUUUUUUGACAUUUUAACACUUUUUACUGUAAAGAGUGGAUUGUAUUUAUAGACACACAGACUUGUUGCAAAAAAAAAAAAAGUUCAGAAAGCAAGCACACUAUGGAGAAACAUCCUGGGAGUCCUGCCUGGACAGCUUUGUG